CUAUCAAAACUUCGCGAUGAGCUGUUGCACGAUACUUUUCACGGCGACCGACCUACUGAUCGCUUCCGUGCUGGCCCACAUCAGUUAUCAGUUCAAAAUCUUGCAAAACUACGUGAGACGUCUCGUUAAGGACACCUACAUCGUCGAUUACAAGGGAAAUCCCAAUUUGGAAAUAUCUAAGGCCACUGCUUUGAUCCCCUGGAAGUAUUUACAAAGAUCGCAUGUCAAAUUCUUGAAGUACCAUCUGGCGGUGAUUGAUAUAGCCAGAGAGAUGGAGGAGGCCUUCAGCACGCUUCUCCUUUUGGUUUACUUGGGAACGAUCGGGUUGCUCUGCUUUGAAAUUUACAGAGGCUCUGUGUUAACCAAUUAUCUGCAGAUUGUCAGAACGUUGGGCGAAAUUGUGAGCUUUCUGGUGCAAAUCGGCACGUUAUCGUUUUGGGGAGAACAAGUCAUAUUACAAAGUCAGCUCGUCGCCGAAGCUGCUUACGAAACUGACUUCGUCGGAACUGAUCUCAGGUUUCAAAAGGCUUUAAUUCUGACCAUGAUUCGUAGCCAGAGACCUGUCAAAUUGACAGCGGGAAAAUUUGCGUUCAUUCAACUGUUCACUUUCACUUGGGUACUGAGAACUUCAUAUUCUGCAUUUAUGAUCUUGCGAAGGGCACAGAAUUGAGUACAAUACGUUUCGCACCUUUGGAAUACGCAUUGCACAUUACAAGAGUACUCGGCCCAGUUACUCGCUCACCUACGUUAGCUAGAUGAAUUAAAUAGUCACUAUA